AUGAGAGAUAACAGUAGCAGUGAUGAUGGCAUUGAUCGAUGGUUGGAGAACGAAGAAGCAAUAUUAUCUGAUUCAUUCGAUAUGUUAGAUAUUGGUCAGAGCGUUAACCAACAAUAUAGUUCUUUUAAUGAAAGCAAUGCUUUACAUCACAAUCAUAACUCACUUGUUACUCAAAAAAACAUGCAACAACAAGGUCAGCACAGACGUAAUGAUACAAGCUGUCCUGUUAUAGGAGACACCCCGUUGAGGCAUACAGCUGAUAUACCAUCGCCUUAUAACAGAAUAUUCAAGUUUGGACUCUUUAAUGUCAUGCAAUCAAAAUGUCUUGUAGAUACAUUCUAUGAAAACAACAAUUUAGUCAUCUCAGCUCCUACUGGCUCUGGAAAGACAGUCUUGUUGGAAUUGUCGAUUAUCAGAGCGCUCUUGAAUAGUGGAACAGAUUCAAAAAUAAUAUACAUGGCUCCAACCAAGAGUUUAUGUAACGAAAGAGCAAAGGAUUGGGAAAAGAAGUUUAAGCCUUUUGGGAUAGAAUGUAAAGAGUAUACGGGAAAUACACAGAACUCGACUAUAGCGUCCAUUCAUAAAACGGCUAUCAUUGUAACAACUCCUGAGAAAUGGGAUUCUAUGACAAGAAGAUGGGUAGAUCAUCGUAAAUUGAUGGGCUUGAUCAAACUAAUUCUCAUUGAUGAAGUGCAUAUAUUAAAUGAAAAGCGUGGCGCAGUGUUGGAAACUUGUGUUAGUCGUAUGAAGACCGUCAAUAAUCAAAUAAGAUAUAUAGCUGUGUCUGCUACUGUGCCAAAUCUAAGUGAUAUCAGUACUUGGUUAAACGCAAAACCUAUUGCAUUUUCAGAAGAGUACAGACCAGUACGUCUGGAUCGAUUUGUUUAUGGAUACCCUCAGAAAGAAGAUAAUAUGUUUUUAUUUGAUAGGAAGCUUGAUUGGAAAUUACUAGACAUCAUUCAAAAGCAUAGCAAUGGCAAACCAGUGCUAAUAUUCUGUUCAACACGCAGAUCUGCUCAGCAAGCGUGUGACACUAUUGCAAAUGCGAUGGAUAAGCGAAAGAUAUCUACUUUAUGUCCAAACAUACAAGAUUAUGAUAAAGUGAACUUUAAGAACAAAGCUUUAGCAAGACUAUUUCACAAAGGAAUUGCUUUCCAUCAUGCUGGUCUUGACUAUGCAGACCGGACUCAAGUAGAAGAGCUUUUUCUAAAGAAAGUCAUCAGAGUGAUUGGAACGACCUCUACUUUAGCUCUAGGUGUCAAUUUACCAGCUCAUCUAGUCAUUAUAAAGUCUACAUUGGGCUAUCAACAAGGCACUCUAACAGAGUAUUCUGAUAUUGAUCUACUUCAAAUGAUAGGAAGAGCAGGGCGCCCAGGCCUUGAUACAAGUGGAUGUGCAGUCAUUAUGACAACCAACCAAAUGAAACAACGUUAUUCUUCAUUGGUUUCAGGAACAACAAAUCUGGAGAGCAGACUACACGAGAAUCUGAUUGAACACCUACUAUCUGAAAUCUGUCUUGGCACAAUCGUAAAUAUACGUUCAGCUAUCGAAUGGCUAAAAUCAACCUUCUUGUAUGUGAGAAUGUCACAGAAUCCACUACAUUAUAAAAUACAGCAAGGCAUAUCGUCUGCCUCCAGUUUAUAUGCUGAUGGUAUUUUACAAAAUAUAUGCGUCAAGCAUCUAGAGUCUCUUGAAGGACAUUCUAUGAUUGAAAAAAUGAACAAUCUUCUGCUAAAACCAACAAAUUAUGGAUUAAUUAUGGACAAGUAUUACAUCAAAUUUUCUACAAUGGCUUCAAUAGUUAACAAAAAAGAUAUAUCCUCCCUAAGAGAUGUGCUAGAACUGGUUAGUAGCUGCCAAGAAGAAAUGGAAACAAUCAGAUAUAACUCUGGAGAAAAGCAGUUUCUGAAUACAAUUCGAAAUAGCCCAAACAUUCGCUAUCCACUUGGCAAAGUUACAUCAGUAGCUGACAAAGUGUUUCUUGUCUUACAGUGCAUUCUUGGGGAUGUAAACUUACAUAACAGCGGUAACACUCUACUUGCUACAGAAGGACUAAAUAUUCUGAACCACGCUAGUCGAAUUACAAAAUGUAAUGGUAUAAUUGAGUGCGCUGUCUAUGAGUGGGACUCUUCUAAACUGAAGUACUCCAUUCAACUGUACCAGAGUAUUCAGGCCAAGAUGUGGUAUGAUUCACCUUUUGUAAUAAGGCAGAUUACUGGAAUUGGUCCUCAGUUUGCCAAGUUAUUGUCAGAAGCGGAUCUGCUAUCAUUUGAGCAGCUUAGAAAAUGCGAUCCUAGUCGUAUAGAGAUGAUUCUACAUAGAAAUCCUCCAUUUGGCACUCAGAUCUUGAGGUCAUUAGCGGCAAUACCUAAACUCUGCCUAGAUGUUGAACAAAAAAUAAAAGGAGAAGAUAUCACGCUCACGUUUUCUAUCGGAGCAACCAUCAGUCGAUCAACCCACACCAAUGCAAAUAAAGGCUAUUAUGCUCAGUUUUGGGCAGAGACGAAUGAAGGUGCCUUACUCGACUAUCGGCGCAUCAAAGUUUCGCAGUUGCAUAAUAGUCCUGAGAAAUUCGAAUUGACAAUACCAAUGACUUCAUCAAACAUGUGUGUGUACUGCUAUUUACAAAGUGAAGAAUACGUGGGUACGGACGUAGUGAAGGAAAUAACAAUAAAUAUUAAUACCAGAAGGUAUAUACACAUUUCUGCACCGUCGGAUGUACACAGCAGUAGACAAUACCAAAAACAAAGCGCUCAGGAGUCGUCCACUGAACUAAUGGAAGAAGAAAAUUUAUUUGACGACGGUAUUGAUCCAGAAUUAUGGAAAGACUUUGCAGUUGCUUCUACAAGUACAGUAUUUGAGAGUAAAGGCCCAGAGAGUGCAUCAAGUGAUCAGCAUACAGCAAAUAAGUAUAAUUUCAAGAGGAACUCUGGGCUUUCAACAAAAGCAUUUAAAAGUUCAUCAAAAGCAGUAACACCAUGUAGACAUAAAUGCAAGAAUAAAGAUGAAUGUGCGCAUGCAUGCUGUAAGAUAAAGCCAAACACCACUAAUGUAGAGGCUCUGCAUGGAAAAAGGAAGAGAAUAAGCAACGAGAGCAUCUUUCCGGCAUAUGAAAAACAAUAUAAAAAACCAAGACAGAUUGCCAUACCACAAUACCGUCAGCCCUUCAAAAGAUUAAAUGAAGGGAUAUCUGAGAACUUGGAUCGAAUAUCUGAUGAGACAACGAUGAGAGAAGCAGAUGCGACAUUUGACAUUGGAAGUAGAGGACUUGAGUUAAUUACGCGCGGCAUCCCCGAAGAAGACGGUAUAGACAUAAGCGUUUUUAGCUUUAGCAGUGAUGUCCUUAUGGAGGACGUGGAAAGUCAUCUCAAUGGUCAAGAGCUUGUCGCGGCUACAGGUUCACCUAUUAAUCAUGACACUAUCGAUUAUGAAAAAGAAUAUAGCAGCAUAAAUCCAGUGUUGCAUGAUGACCCUAUUGAUGAUUUAUGGAGAGAAACUGGAAGAUACGUACAACAAGUAUACGAAAGAACAAAGUAUGUCAAUGAAAAAGGCUCAGAUGAUCAUGAAAAAUCAACAGUGAAUACGCCUAAUACAAUCUUUCAAUCAAAAAAUCUUUUGGAUUGGAUAAGAAAUAAUGUAGAAAUUGUUCACGAUGGCUAUUAA